AUGCUAUGGGACGGAAAAAAUUCUUGGUAUUAUUUAUCUCUGAAACAAUUUUUCACAGACGACACCGCUCUCUCUCUCUCUCUCUCUCUUAAUCUUGUGUCUUUUGCCAUCUCUCUCUUUUUUGUUACCACUCUUUCGUUUGUUCUUUCUCCAGCACUCUUUUCUGUCAUUUCUCUCUCUCUCUCUCUUCUUGUUUCUCUAUUUAGUUCUGUAUUUCGCCACCUCUCUGUUUUCGCCAGUUCUUCUAUCUCUAUCUCCCUAUCGGUUCUAUAUCUCUCUUCCAUUAUUAGCUUCUUCAUUAAAUCUGUCUUUUGUCACCUCUCGGAUUCGCGAGCUAGCCUUUUCUUCUAUCCCUCUUAUGACACCUUUCUUACUUCGUUACUUUUUCUUUUUCUUUCUUUUCUUUCUUUCUUUUCUUUCUUUCUUUCUUUCUUUCUUUCACCUCACUUCUUCCUUUCUCCAAUCUAUUCUUUCUUUCUUUCUUUCUUUUCUUUCAUUUCUUUUUCUUUCUUUCACCUCACUUCUUCCUUUCUCCAAUCUAUUCUUUCUUUCUUUCUUUCUUUCUUUCUUUUUUCUUUAUUUCUUUCUUUCUUUCACCUCACUUCUUCCUUUCUCCAAUCUAUUCUUUCUUUCUUUCUUUCUUUCUUUCUUUCUUUCUUUCUUUCUUUAACUUUUUCAAUUUUUUUUCCUUUUUUUUUUUUCCAUAACUUGAUUUUCUUUCUUUCUUUCUUUCUUUUCUUUUCUUUUCUUUCUUUCUUUCUUUUUAACGUCACUUCUUCCUUUUUCCGUUCUUUUUUUCUCUCUUCCUUUCUUCUUUCUCCAAUCUAUUCUUUCUUUCUUUCAUUCCUUUCUUUCUUUCUUUCUUUCUUUCUAAUUUUUCAUUUCUUUUCGCUUUCUAUAGUUUUUUUCUACCUUUCUUUUUCUUUCUUUUUUCUUUCAUUCUCUCUUUACUUAUUUAUUUCUACUUUUUCUUUUUUAUUUCUCGUUAUUUCUUCUUCUCUUUUCUUCUUUCUCUGUGUUUCUCCUUUGUUUUCUCCUUUUGAUUUAUUUCUUUCACACUUUUCUUUCUUUCUUUCUUUCUUUCUUUCUUUUUAUAUCAUGCUCUUUCUUUCUUUCUUUCUUUAUCUUUUUCCUUCUUUCUGUCACGUCUUUAUCUUUCUUUUUAGCUUUUUUUAUUUCUAUUUUUUCUUCUUCCCUUUACAUAUUUCCGCAUGUCUUGUCUAUUUUUUCUUACAUUCUUUCUAUCACACUUUUCUUUCUUUUACCACUUUUUUUUCGUUAUUUUUCGAUUUUUUUCUUUUUUUGCUUUUAUAUCAUGCUUUAACUUUCUUUCUUUUUUCUUUCUUUCUUUUUUAUUUCUAUCUUUCUGUCUUUCUUACUUUCUUUCUUUCUUUUUUCUUUUUCUUUCCUUCAUUCUUUCUUUCUUCUUCUUUCUUUCUUUCUAUUUUCUGUUUCUUUCUUUCUUCCUUUCUUUUUCUUUCUUUCAUUCUUACUUUCUUUCUUUUUUCUUUUUUCUUUUUCUUAUUUUCUUUUUUUUCUUUCUUUCUUACUUUCUUUUUUCUUUCUUUUUUCUUUUUCUUUCUUUCUUUCUUUUUUCUUUUUCUUUCUUUCUUUCUUUCUUUCAUUCUCUUUUUCCUUCUUUCUAUCUCGUCUUUUAUCUUUCUUUUUAGCUUUUCUUUUUCUUUCUAUUUUUUCUUCUUCCAUUUUCUUAUUUCUGCAUGUCUCGUCUUUAUUUCUUACAUUCUUUUUUUCUUUCACACUUUUCUUUCUUUUUUUUUCUAUCUGGUUCUUCUUAUUUUUCCCUUUCUUUCUUUUUACAUAACUUUCUUUUUCUUUCUUUCUUUCUUUCUUUCUUUUUUAUUUCUUUUUCGUUUUCUUUCCUUCAUUCUUUCUUUCUUUCUUUCUUUCUUUCUAUUUUCUGUUUCUUUCUUUCUUCCUUUCUUUUUCUUUCUUUCUUUUUCCGCCUUCCCUUCUUUGUCUUUUUUCUUUUUUGUUUUUUUUUUGCUUGCUUUUCAUAUUUUUUUUAUCGAUUUCUUUAUUUAUGGAUACUUUUUCUUUCUUUCUUCUUCCCCCCCCCUCUCUCUCUUUUACUUUUUCCUUUUUCGUUUUAUUUCUCUUUUUUCCAAUUCACUUUGUUUCUGUAAUUUUCACUUUUUCUUCUCUCCCGUCUUGAUUCCUUGCAUUCACACUUUUCUUCUUUCUUUCUUUCUUUCUUUCUUUCUUCUUUUCUUUCCUUAA